AUGGCUCCUCACGUUCGUGCCUUUACAGUAUUGCUAACCUUAACACUAGCUCAAAUUUCACUUUCCUCUGCAAAUCCAGCUGAUUUCUAUGAGAUCUCGCGAGAAUAUGAUUCGUCUAACAAAGUAACUGUGUCUCUGUACUAUGAGUCCCUGUGCCCUUACUGUGCCGACUUCAUCGUCAACCAUCUGGUUAAGAUGUUUCAGACAGAUCUAAUCAACAUUGUCAAUCUUAGGUUUGUUCCUUGGGGCAACUCUCAGAUCCUCGGCAACGGCACCUGGGUUUGCCAGCAUGGUGACGAUGAGUGUCUAUUGGAUGUUGUUGAAGCCUGCGCCACAAGGGCUUGGCCUAAUGUGAAGGACCAUUUCAAGUUCAUUCGCUGCAUAGAGAAUCUGCAUUUGAUGAACAAGCACACGGAGUGGAGAUCUUGUUUCCGUACUACUGGUUUGGAUCCAAAGCCACUCGAUAAUUGCUAUAAUAGUGACUUUGCGCGUCAG